AACAAUUAACUGAAAAUAGGUCUCAACCUUAAAACUCAAGCUGUUAUUUUACGUAAAUCCCUGAGUCCAAUAACCGUGCGUUUAAUAGUGCUUCCAGUUGUUCGUAUGAGUUGUUCUAAUUAUUUUACAACUCUAAAACUUAUUUUCAAUCAACCCGUGUUUUUUAUGAGAGCAGCACGAGUAUUGAUACCUGUCUUCCUUUUGUAAUAGUGUUACAUAUAUCAUCACAUUAUAACCUCCAAUUUUAAACAUUGUAGAACCCCUAACAGUUGUCUUACCUAGGCACAAUUCACAGAAAAUUAUACGUGCUGUCGACAAAAAUAAGAUAACUCUUAACCCUAUUUAUAAAUGGACGAUUAGUGUGCGGUUUUUAUUUUAAAAUUUCACAAUCUGUGAAUGAUUUCCCGUGUGAAACUUUCGCGAUAAAUUCUAGGUGGGCGAAAUCAUGUUCUACUCGUGGCGUCUGCUGGCCGCGAAGCGUUGAGUGGUGGUUUUCGGUGCGUGUCGCGUCAAUGUUGGACAAUCGGGCGUUGAGUGAUGAAGGAGGGAACCUGGUUGGUGUCGCAAGUCGCUGGUGGUGAGCAGAAGAGAAAGAGGAUGGUCAGCACGCCGCAGUCUCUCUUCGUUUGCUUCAGCUUUUUCCAGCUUCUCACUCUCUUGUCCUCAGCAGAAUUCGAUUUUGACACUCUGCUCCUGAGUUCGUUGAAGUACAAGCACAGACGAAGCAUAGGAAAAUCGGGCGACGCGGAACCGAGAGGAUCGUCAAACAACCAGAUAGGAUUAUCUUCAUCCUCCACCGCUGUCUUCGCUACCGAAAACUCAACAGUCAUCGUGGCUCAAACCGGAAGCACUGCCACGCUUCCGUGUACAAUCCGAAAAUUCGGCACCGGCGUUGUGUCAUGGAUAAGACGAAGGGACUUAAACUUACUGACGGUGGGAUUAGCCACUUAUAGUAGUGAUGAUCGCUUCAGCGUGGAUCACAUAAGGCAUUUACAGAAUUGGGGCCUUCAAAUUAAAUUCGUAGAGCCUGAUGAUGCAGGAAUGUACGAAUGCCAAAUUUCAACUCACCCAGCUGUCAGUAUAUUUGUCGAGCUGAAAGUAAUCGAGGCGAUAGCGGAGAUCGUGGGGGCGCCGGACCUGCACAUCAAGGGCGGCUCGCGGCUGCGCCUGGUGUGCGCGCUGCGGGACUCGACGGAGCCGCCGGUGUUCGUGUUCUGGUACCACGGGCCCCGCAUGAUCAACUACGACCGCGAGCGCGGCGUCACCGUCCGCAGCGACCUCUCCGGCUCCGUCCUCACCGUCGAGGCCGCCAACACCUCCGACUCCGGCAACUACACCUGCACCCCCUCAAACGCCCGCCCCGCCUCCAUCAACGUCCACGUCCUCAACGUCAUGAACGGUGAGAAGCCAGCGGCAAUGCAUAUCGGGAGUCGGAGCGGAGCCGCGUCGCCAUUUCAGAGAGACAUAUUUUAUAUUUUUCUACUCAUCCAAGUUUUCAGAACUGUACAUAGUAUCCUAGAUAUAUGCUGUACUUCGUCGUUUUUCAGAAUCGAAUAUUUUGUAAGUUGAUGUUGAGACCUCAUUAUGGAGUUUUGUAUCAUAGACUGUUCCUUGUUCGUGUAAAAUCUGUAUUUUUCCCCCUCAUUGGAGUAUUUCGUUACAAAAAUAAAAUUUGUACAUAUUACUCUGUCAGUUUACGAAUGGAAUAAAGUAAAUAUUUUAAUUUA